AUGAAGCCGAGUCCGGCCGGGACGGCGAGGGAGUUGGAGCUGCAGGCGCCAGCCCGGGGCGAGCAGCGCGCGGCAGAGCUCGAGGGGCGCUGGCGGGAGAAGGGCGAGGCGGACACGGAGCGGCAGCGCACCCGGGAGCGGCAGGAGGCCACGCUGGCCGGGCUGGCGGAGCUGGAGUACCUGCGCCAGCGCCAGGAGCUGCUGGUCCGGGGCGCCCUGCGCGGCGCCGAGGGCGCGGGGGCUACUACGCCCCGCGGCGGGGAGCUGCCGGCUGAGGCGGCGCAGCGCAGCCGCCUGGAGGAGAAGUUCUUGGAGGAGAACAUUUUGCUGCUGCGGAAACAAUUGAAUUGUUUGAGGAGAAGAGAUGCUGGUUUGUUGAACCAGUUGCAAGAACUCGACAAGCAGAUAAGUGACCUAAGAUUGGAUGUGGAAAAGACAUCUGAAGAGCACCUGGAGACAGACAGCCGGCCUAGCUCAGGUUUUUAUGAGCUGAGUGAUGGUACUUCAGGGUCCCUCUCCAAUUCCUCUAACUCGGUCUUCAGUGAGUGUUUAUCCAGUUGUCAUUCUAGUACCUGCUUUUGCAGUCCUUUGGAGGCAACCUUGACGAUCUCAGAUGGUUGCCCCAAAUCUGCAGAUCUCAUAGGAUGGUUGGAAUGUAAAGAAGGCCACUGUGAAGACCAGGCCUCAAGGGCAGUUUGCCGUUCCCCCUCCACACCACAAUUUAACUCCCUUGAUGUCAUUGCAGAUGUGAAUCCCAAGUACCAGUGUGAUCUGGUAUCUAAAAAUGGGAAUGAUGUAUAUCGCUAUCCCAGUCCACUUCAUGCCGUGGCUGUGCAGAGCCCGAUGUUUCUUCUUUGUCUGACGGGCAACCCUCUGAGGGAAGAGGAGAGGCUUGGUCAACAUGCCAGUGACAUUUGCAUCAGAUCUGAGCUCAACUCCACCAAAACAGACAGUUUCUUACCAUCUCCAAGCAGUUUGUGGUCUGCUUCCCACCCUUCCUCCAGUAAGAAAAUGGAUGGCUACAUUCUGAGCCUCAUCCAGAAAAAAACACACCCUGUAAGGACCAACAAACCUAGAACCAGUGUGAAUGCUGACCCCACAAAAGGGCUUCUGAGGAAUGGGAGCGUUUGUGUCAGAGUGACUGGUGGUGUCUCACAAGGCAAUAGUGUGAACCUUAAGAAUUCUAAACAGGCGUGUUUGCCGUCUGGUGGAACACCCUGUUUGGACAAUGGCACAUUCUCCCCACUGAAGCAGUGGUCAAAAGAAUCAAAAGUGGAACAACUGGAAAGCAAGAGGUUGCCCUCACCAGAGGACUGCUCGUCAGGUGCUGGCACUGAACUUUCAAGUAAGCAUGUGCCAAAAGUCAAAGCAGCCUCCCAAGAAAAUGCUCGGUGUCCCAUUGCUGUGGCAGGGGAGUCCCCUAAAGAAAGUGGUCAAGUCUCAGCUGCCUCUCCAAAAGAGAGCCCUGGGAGAGUCCCUGCCCCCCUGCAAGAGAAUAAAGUUGCCCAGCCACUGAAAAAGAUGUCGCAGAAAAGCAGCCUGCAGGUUGUUCCUCUGGCAGCUCCUCCUCCUGCUGCUCCACUCCUGCCUUCCCUCCCUGUGGAAGAGAGGCCUGCCUUGGAUUUCAAAAGCGAGGGCUCUUCUUCCCAAAGCCUGGAAGAAGGGCAUCUGGUCAAUGCUCAGUUCAUCCCGGGGCAGCAGCCCGGCGUCAGGCUCCACCGGGGCAACAAGAACGCCGGAAUCCCGAAGAACUCAACCCUAAAGCACAGAGUUCAGGCCCUUCACGGGGUGGAACACAGUUUGCCGACCGUGAGGGAGAAAAGCCGGGCUAUGAGCAAGAAGUGUCGGUUUCCCGAUGACCUGGAUACAAAUAAGAAACUUAAGAAAGCCUCUAGCAAGGGGAGGAAGAGCGGAAAUGCCCAGCCUGAUGCCGGUCUUCCCAGCAGGCCCCUAGGUGGCGGCCAUAGGCCUGUGAGCAGGUCCCAUGACCAUGGACGGGAUGCGGUUGUGGCGAAACCUAAACAUAAGCGAGUCGAUUAUCGGCGGUGGAAGUCGUCGGCUGAGAUUUCUUACGAAGAAGCGCUGAGAAGAGCCCGGAGAAAUCGCAGGGAAAACGUGGGUGUGUAUGCAGCACCUGUCCCUCUUCCAUAUGCCAGCCCCUAUGCUUUCGUAGCUAGUGACUCCGAGUAUUCGGCCGAGUGCGAGUCCCUGUUCCAUUCCACCGUGGUGGACACCAGUGAGGACGAGCAGAGCAAUUACACCAUGAAUUGCUUCGGGGACAGUGAGUCUAGCGUGAGUGAGGGGGAGUUUGUGGGGGAGAGCACAACCACCAGUGACUCUGAAGAAAGUGGAGGACUAAUUUGGUCCCAGUUUGUCCAGACUCUCCCUAUUCAAACGGUCACAGCCCCAGACCUUCACAACAACCCAACAAAAACCUUUGUCAAAAUUAAGGCCUCACAUAACCUCAAGAAGAAGAUCCUCCGCUUUAGGUCUGGCUCUUUGAAACUGAUGACCACGGUUUGA